CAACUGAAUAUGCACAUACAAAAAGAACAUCAACGUUUAAUUCUGAUUCUAACCUCUAUAACCCCGGUUAUUCAUCGAAAAUAAGAAAUUAUUGCACCUUCUAAAAAAUCUGAAGAUGUUCGCUAGUAAAUUGAUUAGGACAUGCUCGAAUUGCAUGAAACCACGUCUUGUUCAAGGAAGAAAACACAUUUCAUUAUCUCCCCAUCUAAGAUUGUUUAUACAGACACAAGAGACACCCAAUCCAAACAGUCUCAAAUUUCUACCUGGCCAGAAGGUUUUGGAAGCUGGACAAACAAUGGAUUUUCCUAAUGGGCAAGCAGCUUUUUGUUCACCACUUACGAAACUUUUAUUUCGAAUUGAAGGAGUAAAAUCUGUCUUCCUUGGGCCUGACUUUAUUACUGUGACAAGGUUGGAUGAAGAUGUAGAAUGGAAAUUGUUAAAACCAGAGAUAUUUGCUACUAUUAUGGAUUUCUUUGCUUCUGGCUUGCCAAUCCUGCAUGAUGCUGUACCAAAUUCUGAUACUCAAAUUAAAGAAGAUGACAGUGAAAUAGUACAAAUGAUCAAGGAACUGCUUGACACACGAAUCCGACCGACGGUGCAAGAAGAUGGCGGUGAUAUCAUAUUCGUGGGCUUUGAUGAUGGAGUUGUGAAGCUGAAGAUGCAAGGAUCAUGCACAAAUUGCCCGAGCUCAACGGUGACAUUAAAGAAUGGCGUCCAGAAUAUGAUGCAAUUCUAUAUUCCUGAGGUGCUGGCUGUGGAGCAAAUUGAAGAUGAAGCUGACAAGGUCACCAAAUCUGAAUUUGAAAAGUUUGAAGCUUCUUUGAAGCAUAAAAUACCUGAAGCGAAGGCUAGUACCCCAACCACAGACAAUACAAAGAAAUGAGGAGUCUAGUUUUGCUAUUAUGCACUGUAUAAAUGUUGAAAAUGUGUAGUAAUAUAUGAACCUGAUAAUUUGUGAUUAUAAAUAGUUAGUAUAUUUCAAACGUUUGAAUCUUUCUUGCUAGGUUAUUACAAUAGAACCCAUAUGACUUGAUGAAUAUAUUUUAACAAGACACGAAUAAAAUGAAGCAGUAAAUA